GGUGUGAGCUCAUGAGACACGGAUCUUUUUUGCAUACCUGACUACAGCACAAGAUCUCACAUCAACAGAGAGAUUCAUCAGAAGUUAAGAAACAGAUUUGAUGCAACUUGUCCUGGUUUUUGAAUAGAAGUAAGGAUAUAGUUGGCAUUUUGACAGAUUUCUCUUUACAGAAACCUGAAGACACAAUGGCAAUGGAUCGGCAGUGUCUUCAGAGAGAGUGGGGAAAUUCAUGGAGAACAGCCAGAGAGGAUGAAAAUGUGAAUGCUGAAAAUGGAUGGAUGGAUGUGAGCGAUGAAGAGGAGGACCGGGUGAAUCCAGUGGAGGAAUAUGAGCGGUCAGAAGUAGAGGAGCUGCAAGUACAAACACAGGAAAGUGAGAAGGCUGUUGAUGACGAUGAAGCAUGUAGUAUUAGUUUUCCUUUUAUGCCUGCAAACAGUGACAGCGUUGUUGUUAUGUGUACAAAUAAUGAUAAUACCAGUGAUGAAGAGGAUGCCAAUAAAUAUGACAACAGUAAUGUAGAGAAUGCUGAUAAAUAUGGUAAAAAUAAUGAUAAAGAAUAUAAUAACAGUUUAUCUGUUGGGUCUACAAAUGGUGACGGUUUAGUUGCUGCAUGUAAACAUAAAGAUAAAGGCACUGAUAAAGAUUAUGAUACAUAUGAUGAUGAUGAUGAUGAUGAUGAAGAUGACUGUUUUGCUGCUGCCUCCAUCAGUACUGAUGGCAUUGGUGGUUCUGAGAAGGACUUAACGUUUAGAGGUUUAACAUUUAGAGAUGAAGAGCAGCAGAUGACAGACUCCAGCUCAGAACAGGGAAUGCUAAAUCAAAAGUUAGAGGAGGAGGAGGAGGAGGAGGAAGAAGAGGAGGAGGAAUAUGAAGGACAUUGCAGUUUUGAAGAUUCUGAUGAUUGUGACAUGUAUCCUAAGAAGCUAUACUCUGAUCCAGUAUACCCAGGUUCGGUCUUCGAGGCUCUGGAGAACAUGAUGUUGUAUUCGGUCCUCACUGACUUGACCAUCUACACAGAGGACGGACAUCAAUUCCAGGUUCAUUCUAUUGUCCUGGCUGCAGUCAGUUACAUUAUUGAGACGAGGCUCAGACAGAAGCCCAAACAAGAACGCAUUAUUGAAUUGUGUUUGGGGCCUGAGGUUCAUAGUUUGGGGUUGGCAGCAGUGGUGGAGUUUGCCUAUACAGGGAGCAUCAGCAUUCUGAACAAAGACAAUAUGGAGAUGGUCAGAACUGCAGCUUUCAGCCUGGAAGCUCAGAGAGUUCUUGAACUCUGCACUGAAGAAGAACAAAGAGAACAGGACAAGGCAAGAGGGAAGAAAGAAGACAGAAAAAGGAUUUCUGCUAAGGAACAUAUGAAUGAUAGUCUGCAGCAUAUCAGACAGUUGUGGGCACAGAGAGUGGGAUGUGAUGUGGAGCUGGAAGCAGAGGGAAGAGUGUUCCAUGCUCACCGGGUGAUCCUGGUUGCCAACAGUGACUACUUCAGAGGCAUGUUUACCACUGGUAUGAAGGAGAGCAGGCAGGAAUUGGUGUCUCUGCUGUUAGUCAGGGCUGCCAAGUUUGAGGCCCUCCUCCACUACAGCUAUAGUGGGGCUCUUGCUCUUGGAUGGGGCUGCGUGUUUGAUCUCACCUGUACAUCUCUUCAAUUACAGUUCCAAACUGCCUUCUCACUAUGCCUUAACUUCCUGCAAAAAGAAAUAGAUGCCUACAGCUGCCUGGACGUUGUAUCUUUCGCAGAGGCCUAUGGGAUGGCUGACCUACUUACACAUGCCAAUGACUUCGUCUUGAGGCACUUUCAAGACGUGUCCGUCACUCCUAAGUUCCACGAUCUUCCUGUAGAAAAAUUGAAGAAGUACCUUCAAAGCAAUUCCCUCUGUGUUCAAUCGGAGUUGCCCGUGUUCAAAGCAGUCAUGUCUUGGAUCGAAGCCUUUCCCAGACAACGGGUGAAACUCGGCAGGGAGCUGAUGAGAACCGUCCGGUUUCCCCUCAUGUCCUUUAUGGAGUUCAAAGAAGUCAAGUCUGUAACGUCUUGGCUGACAAUUGGUGCCAAAAAACUCUACAAGUCUGUCAUUGAGGAGUUCUUCAACAGUUCUUCAGAUGUCCAGUCAAAUUUCAGGGUCUACAUGCCUAAAGACACUCUAGUCCUUGUUGGUGGUGAGAGAAUCACUGAUAAUUUUGACAAACGUAAACCCUGCAGGGAAAUGUGGUUUAGCAAUUCUUUGCAGAACCACAUCGGAUUGGUGAAGAAAGUAGAGUGGAGAGUGCUGGGAACUUUACCUGAGAAACCAAGAUUCAGUCAUGGAGUUGGGGUGAUGAGAGGGAAGCUUUACGUAGUUGGUGGACGGCAUUAUUAUGGAAAAGCUGAUACCAUGAAAUGCACCUACAUGUACGAUCCCAUCCAAAACACUUGGCAAAGGUUGGCUGAUAUGCAUGAGAGAAGAGGCAGCUUCACUUUAGUCGUCCUGAAUGAUAAACUAUAUGCUAUUGGAGGAGAGAGAGACUCAGAGGUCAACAUGGAGAGCGUAGAGGUCUAUUGUCCCAACGCAAAUUCUUGGAGUUUUGUCUUCCCAUUAGACCAAGCUCUAUGCUGUCAUGCAGCCAGUGUAUGGAAUGGCACAAUCUUUCUAUCCGGAGGCUUUAACAGCCAGUACCAAUGCCUAUCGUCUAUGAUCCUUUACCAUCCAGAACAAAGAUCCACUUAUCUGGCUGAGAUGAGAAAUGACAGAGCCCUGCACUGCAUGGAGACCCUGGAUGACCAUCUGUAUGUGGCUGGUGGGAUUUCAUGCGAUGCUGAUGGCAAUCUGGUAGAUCAAUUAGCCUGUGAGGUUUAUGACCCUGUGUCCAACUCCUGGAGUGCCAUUAUGCCAUUUCUAAUGCCACAUGUAGGGGCAGCAUCAGCAGUCUUAGAGGGGAAGGUCUACAUAAUUGGAGGCUACUGUAAUGAGAACUACAGUGAUACCAAAUCAGUGCACCGCUAUGAUCCUUCAACACAACAAUGGGAGAACAUGAGUAUGACACCAGGCCCGAACACAUUCAUAGCUGCCUGUGUGCUGCCCAUACCUACUCACCUUAGACAGUAAGAGGAGAAUAUCCUGAAUACAAUAAAUUGUCAAUACAUACAGCAAUGUAAGGGUUUAGUAUAAACUCUUUCCCCACCAUUGAUGGAAUUUUCCGUCAUUUAUGAGACAACGCUUCCCUGCCAUUGAUGGAAUUUUCUGGCUUUCCGUGUAUUUGAAAUAUACUUGUUUUAAGAUAAGUAUACUACAAAUACAUUUACAUAUUUAUGUACUUAAUAUAAAUACCCUGCAAUUAAAAGUCUGCAAAUGUCCAACUAAAGAUAUACUUAAGUAUAUUUGAUUGUGCUAAAAUGGAAAUAUUACAAGCAUAGGCACCAAUUUAUGUUUCAGCCGGUGGGUGCCCACACUCCAUAAUCCUUUUUAAUUUUUCAAGAGUACUAUCUUAUUUUCUGUUUGAUGGUGCAUUUGAUGAAUUCAUUACACAAAAGAUAUUCAUGUCUCGCGAAGAUAAAUGCACAGACUGCAAAUAUUUGAAAUUACAAAACCAACCAACCAAACAAAAUCACUUUCUUUCCAUGAGUGUUGUCGUGAGUCACUCUGUCACUGAUAUAGGCCUACCUGAUAUUCAGCAGCAGUUCACUAAAUAAAAUAAUUUAAUAAAUACCUGUUUACAAUAAGCUUAAUCCGAGAGCACAUAGAGAGAUUUGUGAGGGCACAGGACAAUGUUUGAUCCUUGUGACCACUGUAUAUUUGAGAGAGCGUGUCCAGUUUUGUGUGAGAGUGAAGGAGAUUCGUACUUGCACAUUACAUGGAUGCGCUCUCACAUUACAAUAAUGUGCACUACACAUUUUGUCAUUAAAAUAACAACAUAGAAACUGCCUCAAAUUAACUAUAAAAAUGAGAAGAAGUGUCUGAAAGGUGCAAUCAAUUUUUUAUUGGUUAACAAAAAAAUUAUGGAGAAUAUCUCGUAUUUUCCGUUGGUGCUCGAGCCCCCGAAUACAAGUAUACUUUAGGUGUCUUUAAAUAUCUUGCAUUUAAAGACUGAUAUUACAGUGAUCAUACUAUCUUUACUAAUAGUGAUAUUAAACACAUUUUAUGCUUAAUAUUAAGAAAUGUGCAUUGUGCUAUAAAGAAGCACUCCAAAUGAAGUUUAAUUAAAAUAUUUAGU